AUGACUCAAGGUUUGAUGGACGGGCAGGAUGUGUUACCUUCAGCGCGCGUCCACUACGACUUCAAAAUGACAAGGGAGAGUGGAGAUCCGUUCUUCGACCAGAAAGAAAUCAAGGAGAGCCUUCGACAAUGGGGGAUGGAGGAUACACUUACUCUCACACAGGUGCAAUUCUGCCCAACCUUCAUGGUGCAUGAGGAGACAACCUUCCUACGCCAGUUGCUUACGUUCAUCGUCGACAACCCAACCAAGCCAAGGGGUACGAAGACCAGUGUCGAGAGCGUUCAGUGGGAAAGGUUGAAGUGCACGGCCAUGUCGAUGGAUUUCUUCAACUGCCUUAUUGACAAAGGGAUUGUUAGCAAGACGGGAAACAUGCGCGGGUGCUUUCCUGACGUUUUCGACGGGGUGACCGUGUCGGACAAGCUGAGGGAGCUACUGGUGAACCCGGACUCUGAGAACGCCGACGCCUUCUCCCCUGCCCAGCAGGAGGAGCUCCUCUUUCACGUGUUCCGGGUUCUGGCCGUGGGUGGGGGAGUGUGUCAGCCUGACGAUAGCCUGGAACCUUACACAAAGGCAGCAAAGGCGCUGUAUAAGGAUCUUGUCUCCGUCCAGAAGAACGCUUCCACAGGAAAGCUGGAGAUCGCCGCAAGCAAGGUUUACCGUGUCACCGAGGCAUCCACCGCGAACAACCACAACGGCAACGACGCCAGCAAGAACAAUCCGGAGAGCGCCAUCUCAUCAUCAGAGGGCAGCAACGGGGCGGUUGUAGGGAGUGACGGUGAUGGUGGUGGUGGUGGCAUGUCCUCAUUCUGGAAAGGGAAAUGUGCACCGUCGGAGUCGUCUUCGCCACACAGCACCUGCCUGGUUGUUGUCGAUCUCGCGAAGAAGCGCGCGUCCGUGCUCCGGAAAGAGUUCUUGCCGUUCUGGUGA